GCGACAUCCUGGACGAGGGUGUGCUGGAAUCCAAGCUGAGGAGCCUCGAAGCCGGCUACCGGAGACGGUUCGGAGAGCUGGACUAUAACGUCGAAGAGGAGAUUGCCAAAUUCAAGGAAUAUCGAAGCCUUCUGCAACCGCAUGUGGUCGACCAAUUGACAUUGCUCAAGAAGUUCGAGGAUGAGUCUGCCUCCAUACUCGUCGAGGGCGCCAACGCUCUCAUGCUCGACAUCGACUACGGCACCUACCCCUUCGUGACGUCUUCCUGCACCGGCCUCGGCGGAGCAAUCCAGGGAAUAUGUCUGAACCCGACCUCCAUCAAGUCUAUCGUCGGCGUCGUCAAGGCCUACUGCACCCGCGUGGGCUCCGGGCCCUUCCCAACCGAACAGCUCAACGAGAUCGGUGAGAAGCUACAGGUGGCCGGCCGCGAGUUCGGUGUCACUACCGGCCGUAAGAGACGUUGUGGCUGGCUGGACAUGGUCCUGCUGCGCUACAGCACCAGAAUCAACCACUAUACCGCCCUCAACCUGACCAAGCUGGACAUCCUGGACGACUUUGACGAGAUCAAGGUUGCUGUCGCCUACAAGAUUGACGGCAGGGAGCUCGAAUCCUUCCCUGCCAGCUCGGAUGCCCUGGAGAAGGUCGAAGUUGUCUACGAGACCCUGCCCGGAUGGAAGUCAAAUACCAUGGGCGUCUCCAGAUGGGAGGACCUCCCCGCCAAUGCACAGAAAUACGUCGAAUACAUCGAGCGUUCCCUCGGCGGCGUCCCUAUCAAAUGGAUCGGGACUGGCCCGGCCAGAGCGCACAUGAUUGACCGUAACUAGACAGCAAGCCAAACAGGACAUGCCUUUUCCUUUCCUCCAUUUUUUCCCUCUCUUCUCCCACCCCUCCCAUGCAUGCUGUACUUUGCAUGGUUUUCUUGUGUCCCUAUCUACAUAUCUUUUUUCCUUUCUUUUCUUCUUAUUACUGGGAUUCUGCGCAUAUCUUGUUGGUUCUUGAAGAGCUUCAACACGCUUAGACAGGGAAGUCCGGGGUUUACUUCAGGGGGCCAGGGGCAUCACUAUCUAUCUAACUAACGAGUUACCUGCAUAAGCACAUAGUUAUCUUAUCUUCGUCUUCUGGGAUAGUUACGUAUACUUACUUUUGGUCGGUACGGACUUCCUAUCGCUUUUUAAACGAAGUACAGGGCAGACAGUCCGUCAGGGGCACAGGCAGGACAACAGCCUAGGAUUCAUACAACCAGACGAUACCCUCCACUUCUCCCCACCUGCGUCUCUAUAUAGCCGCUGUAAAUUGUAGAGACUCCCUUCUGUAAAUAAAAAUACCGUCCAAUCAUACAAUCAGCCUGCUGUUUCAUC